UGUGGGUCCCCAGACGGAGGAGGUUUGGUUGGUCAGUCGGAGGGGGGGUUCUCCCACUCUUGUUCCCUUUCCCUGCACCCCGCUCAGCAUGCCCCAGCCCCUGAGCAUCUCCACAGCUCUCCCAGCUCCACUACCAUGUGUAGAUGGACAGUGACACAAGGUGCACCGGUCGCCUGGUCCUCCUCCUGCCUCUGCUGCAGACCUCCUUCAUUCCUCCUUUCCCUCACCUUCCUCCUCCUGCUCCUGCUGCUGCGGCCUUCACCGUCCUCGUCGCUGUCGUUGUCGCCGCUGCCGCCAUCUCCGUCGCCGCCGCCGCCGCCGCCGCCGCCGCCGCGGUGGCCGUCAGACUCUGUGCGAGACCACAAUGCACCAGGGGGGACCCAGCCGCAUUUCCUCGUCCAGCAUCCCUCCUCUUCAUCCUCGCCUCCGCCGCUGCCGGCCUUGUCCUCUGCGAGGUUGCCGCGGGCGACAAACGUGUCCUCGUCCUCUGCGACGGUCGUCGGGCGCCAUGUGCGGAGCAGCUACAACCAUCUGCAAGGAGACGUGCGCAGGAGGAAACUGUUCUCCUACCAGAAAUUCUUCCUACGCAUUGACAAGAAGGGAAAAGUUAAUGGUACCAAGAGUGAGGAUGACCCAUACAGUGUUUUGGAGAUCAAGUCAGUGGAUGUGGGAGUGGUGGCCAUCAGGGGCCUCAGCAGUAACUACUACCUGGCAAUCAGCAAGAAGGGAGAGCUAUAUGGAGCGAGGGACUUUGGUCCAGACUGCCGCCUGAUUGAACGCAUCGAGGAGAACAAAUACAACACCUAUGCUUCGGCCGUGUGGCGUAACAAGAAGAAACACAUGUUUGUGGGACUCAGCGCCAAUGGCAAGCCAAUGAGGGGGAAGAAGACGCGUAGGAAAAAUACAGCCACUCACUUCCUGCCCAUUGUCGUACAGCCACGAUGAUCGAACAUAUUACCCAUGGCACGGCUCUGCAAACUGGAAAGAUUCGAGAUCCACCGUGCUAUUGAAGAUUUUUGGAAUAACAGUGGGUUGGAGUAGUGGUUACAUUGGACAGAUCUGUAUGAGAAGGAUUUGCUGCACUGAGGAAAAAGGAACGGGAACUUAUAGAUAUUUUAUCACUAUUGGAGGAAUCAAACUGUUUCUGUUGAAAAGACUUUUUAAAGAAAGGCAAUAUUGUGUUAAAGAACUGAUACCAACAUGAAAAGUUAUAUUUUAUUUUCUGUCUUAAGUUAUAAAGUACACAGGCACAGGGGGAAAUAUGAAAAAAGGAAUUCUGUGCCAAAACGCGGUUUUAUAUGUGGAUGAAAAGUCGGAAUGAAAUAGAUGGAGAGAUGGAUUAAGGGACAUUGAUGCAGAAUGUUAUCGACAGAAAUUCGGCGAUGAGGAAAGAGUAUAAUUUGUGUUUUACAUGUAAAUGUGUGAUCUGUGGAUGCAGUUAUUUAUACAAUACUAACUCCUAUGGGUUAUUUAUACUGUACUAACUCGUAUGAGGAUGGAGCAGAUUUUCAGAUUUGUAUCCAUGUGAAUGACUCAGUUUCAAUACAUCUGCCACCUGCUGGAAGCACUUGACCAGGGACAAAUGACAGAAUAACAUGAAGGGGAAGAAAGAGGAGGCAAAAAAGGAGGAUGGGAGAUAAGGAGGAAGUAUUGAUAGAAAGCCGGGUGUCGGAGGAGGACAAAGGCCAAGACGUGGGACAGCGAAAACCGAGGGGAGCAGAUGAAAAGCCAGGAGAGGCGAAGAGAGAUGAUUAGCAAUAGUCUAAGAGCGCAAAAUAAGUCAGAUUCAGAAGAGUUUAGUCAAGUACACACCAACACAUAAACCAAUCUAACACUUAUUAACUUGCAACAGUCACUGCA